AAUGAUAAUUGACUUUAGAGAUAUUCUUUGUCUUAUCAUCUGAAAAAUCUUUAAAGUCAAUUAUCAUUUUUUAUUUUUGUUGAAUAAAAGGGUCCACGAAUGAUGCGCACGACGAAAGUUGCGCACGGAACGGAAAAUGAGGGUUUCGAAGCAGAACGAGCCAUUUCAAGUUCACUGCGCUCACCCUCACCUUCACUCACAUCCGCACUUCACAGCGUCAGUCAGAGCCCUCAGAGUCUCCGUGUGCAAGUUUCGUCGUUCAUAUCUUUCGGGAUCUCCUUGUUGUUAUAUAGUUGAAGAAUAGAACUUUUUCCAUACACCGAAGAAAAAAACUAAACAAUAACAGAUUGUUUUUCUUUUGAGGAGAAUAGGAGCUGUGGAUUUGGAGUUUACUAUUUUCAUCAUAUAGGGAGGAUUAGAAUUAGUUCAGUAUACGACAAUAUUUUUUCCAAAACUCCAAAAAAGAUUAUAUGAAGGAUAAAUAUGAAUUAAUAAUAGUUUUAUUUUAGAUGGUGAAUCUUAUUUGUUUAAUGCUCGUAAAUGUCUUGAAAAUAAAUAUAGAAAACGUGGUUUAGGAAAACAUUGUUAAAUAUUGUGGCUUAAUCAGUGUUCGAACCGGAUAUAGUAUUGAAGAACUUAUUUCCAAAAUAUUUCCUUAUUGAUAAUAACACGAUUCGUCUUUUAUUUUAUUCAUUUUUACUUUAAUAUAAAUUUACAUAGGUGGUGUUUAUCUUCUUGGUGGUACAAAUGGCGAAAAAAGUAGUUUAUUUAAUAGUCUUAUUAAUUCUGUUCUUUGUCAUAUUAAUGUACUUGAAUGUAUUCAACAUGCAAUUGUAUUAAAUCUUCCUCAUAAAAUUUUUGAAAAUAUUCAAUCAACAGUAAAAUGUCAUCAUCGAUUUGAAUCUGAAAUGAAUUUACCAAAAAGUGAUGUAUCAUUUAGAUAUUCAUCUGGUGAAAAUUCUUUUAAUGAAGAUCGAUCAUUUGAAUCAAUUGAAUAUCAUUAUAUAAAUUGUCGACGAAAGAAAAUGUGA